CGUACAGUCAAAACCACAUAAGAAGCUGAGUACUAAUGUAGAUCUUAUUCCAUUUGCGGUAGAGCACAAUUUGACAUCUAACCACUGUAUAGGCUUGAUGAGCCUGGAGAGACUCUGCAGAGUAAGAAACAACUUCAGAGGUGUCCAUCAAUCAGCAUGAUGAAGACCAUUUCUGUCUUCUGUUGUCUUUUAUAUGGAAUCAAUAUAGAGGGAUUCGAGGGUGGACGAGUCUCAUUCCGGUGCUCACACAAACUUGCCAAGCAAGAUAAUAAAUACCUCUGCAGGGAUCCUUGUACAAGGACUGAAGACAUAUUGGUCACAGUCAAAUCUGGUGGACGUGCAGAGUCAGAGAGGAUCACUCUGGUGGACACGGCGGAUGGAUUAUUCACUGUGACCUUCCGCCAACUGCAGAUGUCAGACUCAGGGAGAUACUGGUGUGGAGUGGCACGGCCCGGUUUUGACACAUACGCUGCAUUGACCUUGAUUGUAAAGAAAGUUGUAACGUAUAAGAAAACUGUGGUACCUGACGUUUCUCCCACGUGGACAACCCAGAUUAUUUCCAAGCCAACACAACUAACAUCUGGAAUGGACACCAGUCUGACCAGUGUCAUAACCACAAAGGUGUACGGUGUGGAGGGUCAGACAUUCGACUUCAGCUGUGAAUAUCCACACAGCUGGCAGAGCAACGCCAAGUACUUCUGCUUGUUUGACGACAAUGACAAUCACCUGAUACGGACAGAUAAACACGACCAGUGGGAGACGGAGGGCCGUUUCUCUCUGUACGACAACACCACCGGGGCCUUCUUCAUCGUCCGAGUGGACAAACUUGUCCCGGGCGACAGUGGGAUCUACUGGUGCGGGGUGGACGUCAGCUCACACCCCGAUCAUAUCAGCGCCAAACAACUGUAUGUUUCUCGAGUGAAUUUAAUACCCAACUUUACCACAGACCUCACAGUUGACAAGCUCAACAAGCCACUGUUCCUGACUGCAGUGAUGUGUGUUGCAGCAAUACUGUUUGUGUUUCUGUUCACACUCUGUCUCUUGUGGGCCGUCAAGCGGCAAAGAUUGGGCCCACGCCAGAACAGAGAGACAUCGUCGGACUAUGAGACAAUGACGCCUGGUGUGGGGACUGAACCUGAACAUCGCUGCACCUGUUUGGCCUCAGACUGUGCUGGGCCUUCAGGUCCGCCACCGCCUGACCUCUGCUCCCACGUCACACCAAAGCACCGCGACUCCGCCUUCAGCCUCAACAUGGGUGAAUAUGCUGAUGUGGACGCACCAGGGCACAUCUGCCAGUACCAACAUCUGGAUCGCAGCCGGUUGGAGGAUCACGUUUAUCACAGGCUUCAUGCAAACUGCGCUCCCAAAGAUGGAACUCAUCUGGGAGACAAAGAACAGAUUAACUGUUGACAUGACUGUGGAAUGUUGCUUUAUCUACAACUUGAGUCUUAUUUUUGAAGUUUUGACCAUUGUUUCUAUUGGUAAUAAUAACUUUGUAUUUCCUGAGGUAGCUUGGUACGUAGCUAUUAGAGUAGAGUGGAGUGUAGAGUACUAACAAUGAUACCAAGGUUUUAUGAACCAGAAUUGUCAUUUAAUGUAUGUAGAUAAGACAAUAAUUGACUGAUUCAAAAUGUAUCAAUUACAGAUCUUUAGCAAAUUAAGUAGUUACAGAUUCCCUUUUCUUGUGUUUUGUUAUUUUUAGAUGAAAAUGUGCCAUUUUGCAUUGUGCAAAGAAAAGAAAAGACAGAAAAGAGAUACUGUCGUCUGGAAUCUCAACUGGAGCUGUCAGCUGUAAAUAUCCUUUGCUUUAUGAUCAAUUUCAACACAAUAAACCAAGUGAUAAUA